UUCCUCCUCUCAUCGCUUGUCAGGGAAAAAGGGCCGUUGUUUAGGGACGUUGUUCGAGGAGAUGGUGAAAUAGAAAUGGAUCCAACUUCCAAAAUUCAUCGAAAACUCGCACCUUUUGCGGAUUAACCAGCCCGCCUCACCUCUCCUUGUCUCUCCCUCUCUCUGUAAGAUCUCCCAUGGCGUCUUUAGCCCCUUUGCCCCACCCUCGGCCCUCCCUCUCCCCAACUCGGCGCUUCAGGACCCUGUCCCUCCGUUCGGUGGCUCCCAGACUCUUUGUCUCAAACGCGAUUGCUGGUGGAACAUCACUACAUUGGCCCCAGAAAGAGAAAAUCAACCUUUCUAAAUAUGUGAAUGAGAGCUUCCAUGAAGAAGGUGAUUGGGAAAGUUUGGAUGCUGAUGUGUAUCACUGGACAAGGUCAUUACGUCCUGUGCAGUGGUAUCCUGGUCAUAUUGCAAAAGCAGAAAAAGAGUUGAAAGAACAACUAAAGUUAAUGGAUGUUGUCAUAGAAGUUCGUGAUGCCAGGAUUCCUAUGGCUACCAGCCAUCCACAGAUGGAUUCCUGGCUUGGCAAUCGGAAAAAAAUUCUAGUUCUAAAUAGGGAAGACAUGAUAUCCACUGCUGACAGAAAUUCAUGGGCUAAUUUCUUCACAAGGCAGGGCAUAAAAGUUGUUUUUGCUAAUGGGCAGCUUGGAAUGGGUACUAUGAAACUUGGAAGGCUUGCAAAGUUAUUAGCCACGGGCGUGAAUACGAAACGUAGAGCUAAGGGACUCCUACCUCGUCCUGUCCGAGCUGGAAUAGUUGGAUAUCCAAAUGUAGGAAAAUCUUCUCUAAUUAACCGUUUAUUGAGGCGGCGAAUGUGUCCAGCAGCUCCCAGGCCAGGUGUCACAAGACAACUGAAAUGGGUCCGUUUUGGGAAAGAUUUAGAGUUCUUGGACUCCCCCGGCAUAUUACCAAUGCGAAUUAGGGACCAGGCAGCUGCAAUCAAGCUUGCAAUAUGUGAUGACAUUGGGGAGAGAUCAUACGAUGCUGCUGAUGUGGCUGCCAUUCUUGUACAAAUGUUGACAAGGCUUCCAGCAGUAGAAGCAAAAUGCUACUGUUUUAUCUCAUCCUGUCAAGUUGCCAAUUGCACUCGCUGGUUUCCUACAGGCUCAGAUACUCUCUGCAAGCGCUAUAGAAUUGAUUCAGAUGGUCGCUGUGGUAAAAUAUUCCUCGAGAAACUUGCCCUUCACUUGUUUAAUGGAGAUGUUAGUCACGCUGCUGUCCGUGUCUUGAGUGACUUUAGGAAAGGGAAAUUUGGUUGGAUUGCACUAGAGAGGCCUCCUAGGUGAAGCUGUUGAAGUUGAGACGUUUCACCAUUCUUAAUUGAGCAGCCUCCAGCUCCAGAACAAUGGAGGGGAGGUGAGGUUGGAUCAUCUGGGAUGGACGCAGCACCUACACUAGCAAGAAAGAUCAAAGUAGCUGAACAUAGUAAUGAUGUUCGAACAAGCAGCUGGUGUGUUUUCUCAGGGGAAAAGAGGGACAAAAAAGAGAAAGCAAAGAGCAGCUUGUACGUGACUUAAAAAAUAUGUAGAGUAUGUGAACAAAAUCUUUUGUAUUUAUAGCCAAUCAUCCAUCCAAAAGUGAUCUUUGAACUUUCCUUCGCCCCGCUCACGCUUUGCUAACCCAUCAUGUGGUAAAGAGAAGAGAUUACGAAAGAUUUGUAAAUAUAGCAGACUGCAAAAAGAUUCUAAAUAUGACAAGUUCCUCA